AUUGUGAGUCACCUGGAGGAACGACUGUGUGAAAUCUACCUGAAGUCUCACUUGUUGGCGGAGUACUUACUGUGUGGAUCCGGCGCCUCGUUCAGCACCGCUGAAGGUUCUUCCUUCAUCCCCUACCAUCUUCCUGACUUGACCCGUGCCCUGGGCCUUGACCUCAAUGACCUGCCACUGCUAUUGGCAGUUGCCUCGACCCACACACCAGCACUCACCCGAAUGUUCGGCCUGUCGAUUAGGUAGUUCACUGGUCAUCCGGACAACUGGUAAAGCUCCAGUCUGGGUCAGACGACAAGUUGGGUCACAGGUCACAAUAACGUGUGGAACAAUGUACAAGUGUCUUGUUUGUAAACUGUCACGUGUGAAUACUGUUGGCCAGUAAUAUGUACAUGUACAUAUCACUCGGUGUAUGUACACAGUGUCAGUCUUGCAGUGUUUACACAAAGAUAUGUGUACAUUGGUGAGAGGUGUUUGUGCAUAUGUGUAUGUUAACUGAGUGGUGUGUGUGAACAUGUAUGUAAACUAAGUGGUGUGUACUUACCUGUGUCUGACCAGAGGAUACCAUGUGUAUAUAGGAGAGAGACUGUUGUUAACUGAUCAACUUACACUGAUGUGUCAGUAGUUUAUUUCUGGUGAGGGGUAAGUGAUAUUCUUGGGAAGGCAAGUCUUAGUUUUAUUUUGGUUGUAAUAGAGGCAGUGUGUUGUAGGCUGCCCCUCCAGGCACCAGCCCAGCAGGAGAGAGAGGAGAGGCACCUCUUGUAUGUAGGCUGUUUACUAAGAAAGAUGGACAAGCAUCUCAUGGACUAAAGGUAAGCCCAGCCUACAAGAUGGCCACACAGGGCUAGGAGACAGCUCCCCUAGUGUUAUUUCUGGGAAACAGACAUGGGGUAGACAUACUGUCUACCUCACUCGUGCGCUACCCACAACCAUCAUACUUUAACCGUUCGACUUAAACACACCCAAAAACAACCCCCAUUAUCCACAACUCUCACUAAACCUUAAGUAGAUGUCCAGAGAGCUUAUUGGUACUUCAGCCACUUCAUUGAUGUUAACUUCAUUCUAGCGUCUUGCAGAUGAUCGCAGAAAAUACCACUACAAUUGUAGGCACCCUUGUGGGUGUUGCACCUAGUUUUUUGUAAUACAGUUGUAGGUUAGUCUGUGAGUCACUCUGGGGGCACUAGCACCUUGAAAAUAGUCAAGACAGAGAGGAAUAGUUUGAUCUGUGUUCUGGGCUGCUGCUUCUGGUUAUUGUAGGGUGAUGUAUGACCUGACUGUACAAUUUGACUAGUACCUGACUGUAUGACUUGGCUAGUACCUGACUGUAUGACCUGACUAGUACCAGACUGUAUGACCAACACAUAUCUGGUCAUCUAUAUCAGCUGUACAAUGAACCACACUUAAAAACACUUGGUUUACAGUGAUCCUCACUUAGCUGGACCCUGAGGAAUUCAACUUGCUGUUAAAGACUCCCAGUAUAACCAUUGCACAAACAAAACUGUGAUAUGGGCUGUGAUUUAUAGUCAAUAUUGUGCUUUGAUUUGUAAAUUGUGAAGUAUUGUGCUUUGAUGUACUGGUAUUCUCUUGUACUUGGUACACAGGUGAUUUGUCAGAGGUUAUUGUGUAUGAGCAAUGACUUAUGUUGUCUGGUGCUGUCAGUUGUGGGUACUUGAACCUUACUGUAAGUAGGUGUAAAGUGUAAAUAAUGGUAACUGUUACUGCAGCUGUUCUGCCACUGCUGUUACUUCAACACCAGGAGCUGUAGUAACAGCAGCUGUUAUUGCAGCAACAGCAGCUGCCUGUAUAUCUGUACUUAAAAGUCUUCACAAAACUCAACUUUUCUCAACUCAAAACAAAUGUUUAGUUCUUCCCAAUGAUUAUUAAGCAGGAUAUUAUUGAAGAUAUACAGGAUAACCAUGAUGUGGUCAACCUGUAGGGGUCGUACACUGGUUGGGGAAGCAACCAGUGUGGCUCCAAGAGAAUAGAUCCACUCCCUUGGAUCAAGAGCCUCUUAACAUGGAGCCUUGAGGAUAUUUAGCAGGAUAAUUACCAGCGUUUUUUCCAGGAUAUAUACCUGGAUAAUAGCCAGGAUAUUAAACCAGAUAAUAAUAGCCAGGAUAACCUGGAUAAUAUGUAGAAUUAAGUGUUUUUAUACAUUUUAUAUUUUUAAACUAGUCAAAAAUAAAUGUUAAAAGAAAAAAACUUGUUUUCUUGUUAGUUA